AGUGCCUGUAGUAGAGAGAAUUCGCCCAAGUCCGUGAUGAGGGGGGAGCCGGUAUUUGCUGGCUUCCAACUGCUCUUUCUCCCCUGAGGUUUUUAGAACAGCCACUCCUAGAGUUGUCAUGGAAUUAAAGAAAACUGCAUCCAGGGCGUACAAUGCUGCUCUCCUGCUACCACUUUUCCUCUUGUUUUGGGGAACCUCAUACUCUGAAAAUGAUAGCAGCUGUUCCUCAUCCCCAUGUGAAAAUGGUGGCAGCUGUAGGGACCUGGAAGGGGGCUAUCAAUGCACCUGCCCUGUGGAGCCUAUAGCCUACAUGGGCAUAAACUGUGAACUCCUCUAUGACGCAUGCAGUAAAUAUGAGUGUCCUGCCCAAAGGAUUUGCAGCGCAACCCCAGGACUCCUGGAAUAUGAGUGCAUCUGUAUGCCUGGCUUCACAGGUAUUGACUGUAGCAUUGAUAUUAAUGAGUGUGAGAGCAGCCCUUGUGAAGAUCCUAGAUUCGAGUGUGUAGAUGGUGUAAAUGGAUACACCUGUAAAUGCCAAACAGGACUGACUGGAGAAGGCUGCCAAACAAAAAGCUCUGUGUGCUCUAGCCACCCCUGCCUGAACAAUGGGACAUGUGUCGAGGGUCCUGGGGGCUAUUCCUGCAUCUGCCAGCCUGGCUUCAGCGGAGCCGACUGCGGGGACAACAUCGACGAGUGCGCCUCCAGCCCCUGCCAGAACGGAGCCAUCUGCCGAGACAGGGUGAACGAGUACAGCUGCUUCUGUGUGCCUGGCUUCCAGGGGUACAACUGCGAGAUAGACAUCAACGAGUGUGCAUCCCGGCCCUGUAAAAACAACGGCACCUGCCUGAACCAGAUGGACCAUUACCUGUGCCAGUGCAGCCCUGGCUACACAGGUAUAAACUGUGAGGCUGAAAUAGAUGAAUGUGAUUCAGACCCUUGCCAGAAUGGGGCCUUGUGCAAUGAUUACAUUGGGUUCUACACCUGCACCUGUGAACCAGGUUACCAAGGAACCCACUGUGAGGUGGACAUCAACGAAUGUGCGAGCCAGCCAUGCCAGAACAAUGGGACAUGUCAUGACCUUGUUAACAGGUACCAUUGUGACUGCAGUGACACAGGCUUUGAGGGGGACCACUGUGAGUUGGAUAUCCUGGAGUGUGCCUCUGAACCCUGUCUGAACGGGGCUACAUGUGUGGAGGGAGUGAAAAACUACAGCUGUGCCUGCUGGCCAGGCUACACGGGGCAGCACUGUGAGGAGGAUGUGGAUGAGUGUGCAGCAGAUCCCUGUCACAACGGAGGUGUGUGCUUGGAGCGAUCCAACCCAGCCCACUAUGGAGCACAACCUGACUUCCCCAGUGAUUUCAGCUAUAGCCAGGCAGCUGGUUUCCUCUGUUGGUGCCAGCCAGGCUUUGCAGGGGAGACCUGCUUUACUAACAUCGAUGAGUGCCAGUCCCAGCCAUGUCAGAAUGGAGGGCUCUGUGAGGACCUUGUUAAUGGCUUCCUUUGUCACUGCCUGCCAGGUUAUUCAGGUGUGGAAUGUGCUGUUAACAUCAAUGAGUGUGAGGAGGGUCCCUGCAAGAAUGGAGCUGUCUGUGAGGAUGGCAUUGCUGAUUAUACCUGCCACUGUGUCCCUAGCCAGGAUGGCAUUCUCUGGGGAGGGAAGAACUGCUCUGUCAAGCUCACUGGGUGCCAGACGCAUGACUGCCAAAAUGAGGCCUUGUGCAUCCCAACCUACCAAGCUGAGAGCCAUGGCCACCUGUGCCAGUGCCAGCCUGGUUUCUAUGAUGCCACAUGCUCAACACCAACAACGUUUUCCUUUGCUUCCAGAGGGUAUCUCCUCAUUGAGCUGCCCAUGAACAAUCAGAGCAGGAGGGAUGUAGCAGAUGAGCUUGCCAGCGUCUCCCUCCGGUUCCGAACCACCUUGCCCAGCGCUAUUCUUUUCUACCGAGGCCAUGAAGCUGAGUACUUGUUCCUGGAGCUCUUGGAUGGCAUUCUGCAUGCAGGACUGAAGAGGGAGGAUGCCGUUUACCCGCUGCUCCUGGAGGGGCUGCGAGUCGAUGAUGGACAGUGGCAUAAAGUUGAAGUUGUUGUGAACAGCACUGUGCAGCUGAAGCUCUGGCAUGGCUCCUGUGAGGCAGGUGUCUGCCUGCAGAGCUCUCCUGUCCCACAGGGCACUGCUUCAGUUCCCCAGGCCUUCCUGAACAUGUAUCUUGGAGGUGCUGAGGAGCCCAUGGCAAACAACACACAGAGCCAGCAAGGCUUCAUUGGCUGCCUGGAAGACUUUCAGGUAGAUGCUGAACCUGUGCUCCCAGUGGAUCUGCCCAUGGGGGAGUCCUCCCCGGUGAGGCAGGGCUGUGACCGGACAGAGUGGUGCCUCUCCCAGCCCUGCUCUCACGGCGGGCGCUGCGUGGACCUUUGGACAACCUUCAGGUGUGACUGUCCGAGGCCGUACGGAGGCCCAGCUUGCUCAUACGAGCACCCAGCAGCAACAUUUGGCGUAGAGAAUUCCACCAGCUUUGCCUCUUUCACCCUUUCCAAGAGCCUUGGUGCAAACUUCAACAUCUCCUUUCUCAUUCGUAGUCGGAAACCAAGCGGUUUGCUACUGCAGAUCAGCAACGCCACCGAGCCCCGCCUCACCCUGUACCUGAGGAGCGGCAGGCUGAGCAUAGAGAUGGAACCUAUGGAUGUGGUGACAUUUCCUGAAAAUGUAGUUGAUGGGAGAAGACAUUUGGUAGCUUUGUCUUUCCAAGAAGGAAUUGUUGGUGUUUAUCAGUCAGACACAUACGUGGAGCUGGGACAGCUCAAAGCCAGGCCUCUCUUAGCAGGAUAUGAAGUGCAUGUUGGUGGACAUCCUGACCCAGAGAGAACCAAUAUGUGGGGAGGGUAUUUUAAAGGCUGUCUGCAGGACAUCCAACUGAACAGCCUCAGAGUACAGUUUUUUCAGGUUGAGAACUACAGUCUGCCACAGGACCUGAACAGGACUCAAGAAGAUAAUCUUGUGAAUGGUUGCAUCUCUGAUGAUACCUGCAAGUCUGAACCAUGUCAGAAUGGUGGCAGAUGCACUGUCACUUGGAAUGAUUUCCAUUGCAGCUGUCCAGCAAAUUUCACUGGGAAAUUUUGUGAAGAGAGAGUCUGGUGUGAAAGUGACCCAUGUCCUGAAGCUACCACCUGUGUGGAUGUUCUAGCAGGAUAUGUGUGUCUGGCUAACGCAACAUUCCAUAGUUUUGCUGCUGUUGAAUUUACCACCAACACUUCAGUGACCAGAACUCUGAGCAGCCUCCACGUGGAUUUCAGAACCAGGGAUGAAGAUGCUGUUUUGCUUCGGGCUGUGGAAGAAGUGGAUUCCCUCCAGAUAGCUAUUAAGAACUCCUCCCUGCUGGUGGACAUCAGGAGUGGGAACAGCAUAGAAGGUGUGAAGUUCCUGAGCCAGCAGCCCCUCACAGAUGGGGCCUGGCACAGCGUCUCCCUGGCAAUGGAGGAGCCCACUGCACCUUCCUCUAGAUGGUGGGUUUGUGUGGAUGGUUCUGUGAACAUGACUCUGCAAGGCAACGCUGGGAACCUGGACUUCCUCAAGAACAACACCCUGGUGGUGCUGGCUGAAAAUUACACCGGCUGCCUUGGACAAGUCAAGAUAGGGGGGAUCUACCUGCCAUUCACUGCCCCCCUCCCAUACCCCCAGCUGGAGCAGUUCCAGCAGUCCAGCAGCAGGACCAUCCAGUUGGGCUGCACUGGGGCUGAUGUCUGCGCUUCCAGCCCUUGCCUCAAUGCCGGCACCUGCCAGGACCUGUUCAACUCCUUCAGCUGCGCCUGCAGGACGGGCUGGGGGGGGCUGCUCUGCGAGGCUGAUAUCGAUGACUGCCAGUCAGGCCCCUGCGUGCAUGGGGACUGUGUGGAUGCAGUAGCAGAUUUUCAGUGUGAAUGUUUUCGGGGGUUCAUUGGGAAGAGGUGUGACAUCAAUGUCGACGACUGCGUGCGGCACCAGUGCCGGAAUGGAGCUACCUGCAUUGAUGGGGUGUAUGGGUACUCCUGCAAGUGCCCUCCUCAGUAUUCAGGACCUCGCUGCGAAUGGCCGUUCCCACCCGAGCAGUGUGGCAAGAACUUCACCUGUCUGAACGGUGGCAAAUGCAUCAGUGAGAGCUGGGGAGCCAACUGCUCAUGCAGGCCAGGCUUCACUGGAAGGAAUUGUCAAAUUAAUAUAAACGAGUGUGAUCCAAACCCCUGUCAGAACGGAGGGACCUGUCAGGACUCUGAGAACAAGUACGAGUGUGUUUGCAGUUCCAGCUACACCGGGGAGCGCUGCGACAUCAAUCACCCCAUGUGGGCACAUCUUAGCAACUCCUCCGUGGUGGGAGCAGCAGGGGCUGCAGGGGCUGCCCUUCUCCUGGCAGUUGUUGCAGCCACAGCCAUUGCCAUGAAGAGGAGGAGAGCGACUCAGGGAACGUACAGCCCCAGCCGGCAGGAGAAGGAUGGGGCUCGAGUGGAAAUGUGGAACGUCAUCAAGAUGCCACCGACUGAGAGGCUGAUCUAA